AUGUCCGUGCAGGUGGCGGCCCCCGGAAACGCGGCCCUGGGCCCGGAGCGCCUGAGCCCCGAGGAGCUGGUGCGCCAGACACGGCAGGUGGUCCAGGGGCUGGAGGCCCUGCGGGCGGAGCACCGUGGCCUGGCUAGGCACCUGGCGGAGGCCCUGGCAGGGCAGGGCCUGGUGGCGGGCUUGGAGCUACUGGAAGAAAAGCAGCAGGUGGUGAGCCACGCGCUGGAGGCCAUCGAGCUGGGACUGGGUGAGGCCCAGGUGCUGCUGGCCCUGUCCGCGCACGUGGGCUCCCUGGAGGCAGAGAAGCAGCGGCUGCGAGCGCAGGCCUGGCGGCUGGCCCAGGAGAACUCGUGGCUGCGGGAGGAGCUGGAGGAGACGCAGCGAAGGCUGAGGGCCAGCGAGGAGGCCGUGGCCCAGCUGGAGGAGGAGAAGAGCCACCUCGAGUUCCUAGGGCAGCUGAGGCAGUAUGACCCGCCCGCGGAGAACCAGCGGCCUGAAUCCCCGCCUCGCCGGGACAGCCUGGCCUCCCUGUUCCCCGGUGAGGAGGAAGAGAGGAAAGGUCCGGAGGCAGUGGGGGCCGCAGCCGCUCAGCAGGGGGGCUAUGAGAUCCCCGCCCGCCUUCGGACCCUGCACAACCUCGUGAUCCAGUACGCAGGGCAGGGCCGCUACGAGGUCGCCGUGCCACUGUGCCGCCAGGCCUUAGAGGACCUCGAGCGGAGCUCAGGCCACUGCCACCCUGACGUGGCCACCAUGCUCAACAUCCUGGCGCUGGUGUACCGGGACCAGAACAAGUACAAAGAGGCCACAGACCUUCUCCACGAUGCCUUGCAGAUUCGGGAGCAGACGCUGGGCCCCGAGCACCCCGCGGUGGCCGCCACCCUCAACAACCUGGCUGUGCUCUAUGGGAAGCGCGGGCGUUACCGGGAGGCCGAGCCGCUGUGCCAGCGUGCCCUGGAGAUCCGCGAGAAGGUCCUGGGCACCGACCACCCGGACGUGGCCAAGCAGCUCAACAACCUGGCCCUGCUCUGCCAGAACCAGGGCAAGUUCGAGGAGGUGGAACAGCACUAUGCCCGAGCCCUGAGCAUUUAUGAGGCCCUGGGGGGGCCCCACGACCCGAACGUGGCCAAGACCAAGAACAACCUGGCCUCGGCCUACCUGAAACAGAACAAGUACCAGCAGGCAGAAGAGCUGUACAAAGAGAUCCUCAGCCGGGAAGACCUGCCUGCCCCUCUGGGAGCCCCCCCCACAGGCACGGCUGGGGACACAGAACAGCAGCCCCUGCGUCGGAGCAGCUCAUUCUCCAAGUUCGCUUGGUCCGCCAGUGGGAAGCCGGAAGUUGGUCUCCGUCUGCCUCAGGCUGAGGGGGUGGCUGGGGCAGCAGGAAUGAAGAGAGCCAUGUCGCUCAAUAUGCUGAACGUGGAUGGUCCAAAGGCUGCAGGGACCCAGGUGAGGGGGUUCACCAACCAGCACCUGAGCGAGGCUGCUCGGACCCUCAGCGCCAGCACCCAGGACCUGGGCCCCCGCUGA